AUGGACAAUUCCUCUCAAAAUCCGCCACUUGGGAUAUGGGCGAAAAUUUCCACCCGGGUCCCGGAGUCCCUGAACCUAAAGCUUGUUCUUAUGGCCAGACCCUUCGGCGGGCGGACGUUCCUGGAUGUUCUUGGCUUUUCCACUGUUCCCGAGCCAUCCUUUGCGAGAGACCCAACCGAUGCUGCCCCAGUCGCUCCCAAAAAGCGUACCACAAGCCGGGCCAAGAUUGUCCGGAAACCAGCUGCCAUUCCCAUCCCCUCCUCCAGUCCCUUCUCUGACACCUCAACCUUCCGUACAAACAAAAAAGACAAACGCCAAAUAAAACAUUCCGUCUUCAUUUCCAGAAUUGAGAAGCCGCGCACCAAGACCCUAAAGCGACGGCGUCCCUCGAAGAAACUAGUCGCCAAUCUCGAUUCUCUCAUUGAUGCGCUGCCUGAUGCCGGUGAUGAAAAUAAUAACCCUAAUCAUAGCGAUGGACAUAGAGAGAUGAUAGCUGGCCAGGUGAACAUUAUCCGGCAGAAGAGUUUGAAACAUAAGCCCGGCGCAAUGAAGAGGAAGGAGAUGCUCGAUCGGAGGGAGAGGGAGCGGUUUGCGAGGAAUCUGGCGCAGAUGGCGGUUGUGGCGCCUUCGCCUCCUAUUGAUGCAGAAUUCUCAAACCAUACGCAGCCGCAUCCACGGCCGCAGCCAGGAGCUGAGAGCGUUCCCACGUCGAAUCGUUGGGCGGCGUUGCGUAGUUUUAUUACACAGACAAUCGACCAGAAUCCAGAAUUUAAUAAAGCUGCGCGGCCGACGUGA